UCCAUCCAUCGGUCCAUCCAGAGAACACAUAGACAGCAUCCCACCAUCAAAUCCUUUUGUUUCUUAUUACAAUUGAAUCAAACAAAACUGAAUCCAUGGCGAGCGGCACGCAAGAAACUAAAUUCGAAUACUGGUACAACUGGCAGGAGAGAGAAAAAAUAUGUAUCCUCAGCAUCCUCGACCUCUCAGGAAGGAAGAGCUGAAGGUGCAAGCCAAGGGCCGCGAGAGGAGCCUCACCGUGAGCGGCCAGCGCGUGCGCGUCGACGGCGACAAGCGCGUCGUCCGCUUCCGCUUCCGCUUCCUGCUGUCCGAUAUCUGCGACCUUCGGGAAGGCAGCGUCACCGCCAUCUUCAACAAGGAGAAGGGCGUGCUCGCCAUUGCCGUGCCCAAGCGCCCCCCGCCGGCCAUCAUAUUACAUAAGGAAGAUAUAGAGGGCACCAUAAAGGCCACCGAAGUAGUAUCAGAGGAAGAACAGGCAGUUAUAGAGGGCACCAUAAAGGCCACCGAAGUAUCAGAGGUAGAGCUGGCAGAGGGCACCAAGGCCACCGAAGUUUCAGAGGAACAGCCGGUAGGUCCCGAAGCCGACUCCGCUGAACAAGAAGCAGCAACUGACAAGAAGCAGCAACCGGAGGAGGACGACGCCGGCGAGCAAAACGCCGAUCGGCCACCUGCGAGUCCGAAAGGGGCCACUCCCGAAGCCGAUUCCGCUGCACCAGCAAGCGACGACGACAAGGAGCCGGCCGACGCCGAGAGGAAGAAGUCUGUUCAUCGGGAGAGGCUGCUGGCCGAGGAGACGGCGAAGAGGCGCGCCGAGCAACACACGGUUAAGGGGCGGCGCAUCGAGAAAGAGAUGGCCACCGAGGCUACGGCCGCGCCAGAGGAAGCGAAGGAGUGCCAGAAGACGGCGGCGGCGGCCCGCCGUGGCUUUAAGGAGCGCGUGGCAGAGGAGCUGCAAGGUCUGGCCGGCUCCGAGUGGGCCGAGGGCCCGGUGGACACGGUGAACAAGAACAAGGAGGUGAUCGCUGUGGCCGUCGCAGCUUUCUCCCUCGGCCUCUUCGUCUGUAGGCUCUCCUCCAAGCACUAACCAACCAUGAGCAUGCAUCUCUAUCUAUAUAUAUAUAUAGCUACUCUUUCGUUAUCAGUAUACCAUUGUGCAUAUAUCUAAAAACUAAUUUAUCACUUUGAGUA